AUACUAGCUCGAGUCAUACCCGGAAAAGGUCGCUAUUGUGCGUGUUGAGAUCCGACACUCGUUCCUGAGGUACGAGCCGCCCGGGCCGCCUCAGCUCGCUCAAAAACUCGGAAAUCUGAGUAUCACUGAUCUUAAGAGCCUGUCUGUGAGACUGCAGUCGGACACUGAUUUGCAGAGUUUCGGGAAAAGUUCCCUACAGUAACGGUGGACUAUCUGAUUCGGUGCACAGCUCACACAGCGAGACAUGCAGAACCCAAAUGACGACACUCAAUGGAAUGAUGCUCUUAGGAAGCAUGGAAUCAUUCCCGCCAAGAAAGAAAUAACAGAGGAUCAAAUCAAGUCCCUGAUCGACGAGGCGGCUCAGAAGCGACUCGAACCCAAAGAAAGAGAUCUCGGCGAACUGAGUCUGGAGGAGCUGGAGCUGCUAGAAGAUGAAGAAGACGAACGGGCUCUCCUUGCCUAUAGGAAUCAGAGAAUCGCCGAAAUGCAAGCGCUAGCUCAAAAAUCGAAAUUUGGUGAUGUCAGAGAGAUCGCUGCCGACGAUUGGGUAGAACAGGUCAACAAAGCCGGUGAAGGAGUCGUAGUGAUUGUUCAUUUAUUCAAGAAUGGGAUCCCCUUGUGUUCCUUGCUGAACGACCACUUCCAGAAGCUCGCUGUGAAAUUCAAGACGGUCAAGUUCUUGAAAGGACAGGCACAGAGCUGCAUGCCGGACUUCCCUGACGCGCACCUUCCCUGCGUCAUGGUUUACCGGAAUGGCAAAGUGGAGCAGAAGUACGUGGGACCUGACUUCUGGGGCAACAAGCCCUCACUGGACGUAGUCGAAUGGCUUCUAGCGAAAAAAGCCAAGGCUUUCGUCACAGACCUGGAGGCGGAUCCCAGACCGAAGACCCGAGACGUUCUGAUGAGUCAGCUGAAAGGCGAUGAUUACUCGGACGAUAGUGAUGAUUAAAAAUUAUUAUCCCAGAACGGAGAGCCUCCUCGGAGAACGCUCGCGUCGGUGGGAAUUUGAAUACUGACAACGAUCAUCGACAAUACUUUACCUCCUAUUUAAUAAUAAAUCAAUUUAAGCAAGCGAUACUGUGCUU